UGGGACACCACACCACUGCACGCUGCUGUUGGCAGAGGGAAGCAUCUCCACAUGGCCAGGCAACAAAACCUCUGAGAUUUGUCCAGCUGCAGGGAUAAGAGAGCUGCAUCGAACAGUAGCUCCACCAUGGUGCAUGGACAGAUCUUUGACCAGCACAGCCCUGACAACUGCUUUAUUAACGUCAACGUCGGCGGUUUCAAACAACGUAUGGAGCACACGGUUCUGCAGCGCUUCCCGCAGACGCGACUGGGACGUCUCCUGUGCUGCAGCUCCAAAGAGGCCAUCCUGGAGCUCUGCGACGACUUCAGUCCCUCUGAAAUGGAGUACUACUUUGAUCGCAGUCCCGUUUUUUUCUGCUACGUUCUUAACUUUUACUUCACAGGUAAAAUUCACCUGGUGGACGGAUUGUGUGUCAUGUCAUUUUGCCAAGAGAUUGAGUACUGGGGCAUUAAGGAGCGUCAUCUGGACUUCUGCUGCAGCAACAAAUUCCAUGAACUGAUGCAUUGUGCUGGGGAUAAGUGCUGGGAUCAGCAGAGCGAUGACGAGCAGCUCGACAGCUCGAGCACUUCCAUCGAGGACGUGUCAGUCAUGGCGGAGAGCAUAGAAAUGUUUGAAGGCACCUGGUGUGCAGACGUCCGCAAGCAAAUCUGGAUCCGCCUUGAGAACCCAGGUCACUCCACUUCAGCCAAAGCGAUGGCCAUAACCUCACUCAGUGUAGUUUUGAUCUCCAUCGCAGCCAUGUGCGUUCACAGCAUGCCAGACUUCCAUAAGGUGGACAUCAAUGACAAAGACGUGGAGAACCCGGUGCUGACUUUCUUUGAGAACCUCUGCGUCCUGUUCUUCACCGCGGAGUUCAUUCUUCGCUUGGCUGUUGCACCGUCAGCAAGGAAGUUCCUGUGCAGUCCUCUCAAUAUUAUUGACCUCAUGUCAGUCACGCCUUUCUAUGUCACUGUAGUCUGUGACCUACUGGAUGACGGUGACAGCACAGAGCUGGAGAAGGUUGGCAAAGUGGUGCAGAUCUUGAGGUUGAUGCGAGUGUUCCGCAUCCUAAAACUGGCUCGCCACUCAACUGGCCUUCGCUCUCUUGGGGCCACACUGCGACACAGCUCCAGUGAUGUUGGGCAGCUGGUGCUUUUUUUGUCUGUGGGCAUUUCCGUGUUCUCUACUCUCAUUUACUCUGUUGAGAGAGAGUCUGAAGAGUCCCAGCUGCAGACGGUCCCUAUUUGCUGGUGGUGGGCCACCAUCAGCAUGACCACAGUGGGCUACGGAGACACCUUCCCCGUUACGGCCGCUGGGAGAGUGAUAGGAGCACUGUGCAUCAUCUGCGGCCUGCUGAUUGUAGCUCUGCCCAUUACUAAUAUUUUCAACAAGUUCUCCAAGUUCUACCAGAAGCAAAAGCAAAGUGACAAAUGAACCCUCUGGAAAAGUGACAAAUGAAAAAAUGCCUGACAGCAAACCCCAUAAAAUCACUCUUAAAGGGAUAGUUUUGGGUUUUUUUUGAAGCAUGAUUGUAUAAGGUUUCCAUACGUAGUCAACACCUUAUACUGUGUUUCCAUCAUGGUACAGUUCAAUUUGGAAUGGUGAAGUCCUGGAUCAGGCUUGCAUUUCGACUGAGAAUAGUACCUUUACCGCGUAGCAUGACAUUUUUUCUGUCGCCCAAUCAGCUGACUGUCAUGGGUGGUGCAGGUCUAACAUACUGUACUAUUUCACUCUGGUGCAUCAAGGGAAGGGUACCAAAGAACGCAACGGUUGGGGCCAUUUAUUGCAAAAAAAAUCAAAGUUUGGACUGAAUCAAACUGUUAGACUCGGUGGAAACAUGGCUUUGCAUAUAUCCCUGUGCUGAAAAGCAGGCACAGAGCUGCAGAGCUGCAAGUGGUGAUACGAGGAAACACAGAUUUUAGCCUCUUUAGCCACAAAGAAUGAAUGAAACCUUAUGAAAUCUACGUCAGCUUACACCUAUGAUAUGUAAAAGUGUCUGUUACUUAACAUUUCACAAACACAAAGUAAUUAACAUCUACUUAUUGUCUAACCAAUGAUUCUGUACUUUGACUUAAUUUAAGACAGAUGGGGGAAAUAAAAGUAGUUCACUGAAUUAGCAGAAAGUGCUGUGAUGUUUCUUUCGCCAAAGUUUACACGGUAAAAUGACAUACAAUACAGUCAUUAUCGUAUUUAAAAUAAGUUUUAAAAGCUUCAUAGUUAUGACAUGCUGUUCUGUAGUCACGCUUG